AUGCGUGUUCUCUAUUGGAACAUUAAUGGCAUUGCACGGGAUGCAGCCAAAAAUAAGUUAAGAGAGUUAAUUCUUGAGUUUAAGCCAGAUAUUUUCUGUCUAGCUGAACCUAAGGUGCAUUGUACCUUGCGUUUCUUACACAAAUUAUAUGUAGCUGGUUAUAAGAAGGAAGUUAUUCAUAAUGUUGUUGAUUCGUCUAAAGGUAACAUAUGGAUUUUUUGGUCCAUUGACAUAGCUACGCCUGUAGUUAUGAAUACUAGUAGACAAGCUAUUACCAUUGCAACAGAGGGGGUGUUGGUGUCCUUUGUUCAUGCUAGCUGUUUUCAAGUCACGAGAAGAAGUUUGUGGCAACAACUUUCCUCAGUUGAUAUUAAUACUCCUUGGUUGGUUAUGGGUGAUUUUAAUUGUGUUCUUCGUAAUGAGGAUAAAAAAGGAGGCAAUCAACCACGUACUUCAGUCAUCAAUGAUUUUAGUGACUGGAUGGAUGAUAAUGAUCUUUUUGAAGCUGAUUUUUUGGGUUCUAAAUUCACUUGGUCUAAUAGGCAAUCUGGUGUUCAUAGAAUCCUUUGUAAUCUGGAUAGAGCUUUGAUUAAUGAGGCAUGGCUUAUUAAAGUUCAGAAGAUGUGGUUUGCUCAUUCUAAUUUCAUGAGAAUGGUAAGUGAUUGUUGGAAUGCUCCGGUUACAGGAUCUCCUGCUUUUAUUUUUCCUUUCAAGCUCAAGAGGUUAAAAGCUGCUAUGAAUGAUUGGAAUUCACAUGUUUUUGGCAAUAUUUUUGCUAAGCUAAAACAAGCUGAAUUGACUAUAGAAGUGGCUCUUCGUAUUUCGGAUGAGGAUCCAGAGGAUAUAACUAAGUUGAAUUCUGCCAAGGAGGCUUCAGUUAUUCUUCAGGAAAUUCGUUCUCAUCAUGUUACUAUGCUAAAGCAAAAAUCACGUAAUAAAUGGCUUUUGGAGGGAGCUAGUAAUACUUCUUUCUUUCAUGCUAAUAUCAGAAUGCGCAGGAGUAGUAAUAUGAUUUCGGAGUUGGUGGAUGAUAAUGGGGCUGUUAUUACUGAUUGUGAUCAAAUUAGAGACUAUACGGUUUCUUUUUUUGAGUCAAAGUUUAAUGGUGAUGAGUUGCCUAUUGAUGAGGAGCUUUUUAAUUAUGAUCACAACAUCAUCUCGGUGGAGGAUAGUCAGAGAAUGGAUGAAAUUCCUACUAUGGAGGAGAUUAAGAAUGCUGUUUUCUGUUUGGGUGCGGAUAGUGCGCCAGGGCCGGAUGGUUUCUCUGGUUGUUUUUAUAGGCAUUGUUGGGACGUGGUGCAAUAUGACCUUGUCAGAGCUAUCACGUACUGUUGGCAGCGGCAAAUCAUUCCUCAUGGUGCUAAUUCUAGUCUUAUUAUUCUUCUUGCCAAGGUUUUUCGAAGGUAUGGUUUCUCUCAAAAUUGGUGUUCUUGGAUUUUGGCUAUUCUUAACUCAGCAAGGAUUUCUAUUCUUCUUAAUGGAAGUCCAGAGGGAUUCUUCAAAAUCAAUAGAGGUCUUCGGCAAGGCAAUAUGAAGAGUCUGCAUAACCUUCUUGAUUUGCUUGGUAAAUACCAAAGUGCCUCGGGCCAAACUGUCUGUCGUCAAAAGAGUAAGAUUUAUUAUGGUGGUGGUUCUUUGAGUCGUUGUGGGACUAUCACUAAUUUACUGGGUAUGGAAGUUACUACUUUUCCGGACAGGUAUUUGGGAGUUCAAAUUAUGCCUGGAGCAGUUAAGUAUCGUCACAUUUGUAAUGUGAUAGAGAAAAUUAAGAAACAACUUUCGGUUUGGAAAGGUAAGUUACUUUCUUUUCAAGAUAGAGUUGUUCUUAUCAAUUCAGUGAUAGCGAGUUAUGCUAUUCACAACAUGGCGGUGUACAAAUGGCCUAGAAAAUUUGUUCAACAGGCUGAAAGAGUUAUUCGUAAUUUUCUUUGGUCGGGUGAUGCUGAAGUUGCAAGGAAAUUUGUUGUUGGAUAUCCAAAGGUUUGCUGUCCAUUAAAGGAAGGGGGUCUUGGUAUAACCAGCAUGGUUGUUACUAAUAAGGAUCUUCUAAUGAAGCUAUGGUGGAGUAUUCGUUCUUCUAACAAGAAAUGGGAUCGUUUCUUAUGGGCGAAAUUUACUACUAAGCAGGGUAGUAUAAAGCUUUAUGGGGUGAAUUCUUCUAUUUUGCCGGGCAUGAAACUGAUUCAUUCUAUUGUUGACAGGAAUACCAAGGUUCUCAUUGGGGACGGGAGGUCUACAUCUCUUUAUUUUGAUGUUUGGUAUGGUAAUGAGUGUAUUGCUGAUAUGCUUAAUGAAACUGACUUGGACAGAAAUGUCAAGGUCAGUGAUAUUAUUGUUAAUAAUGCUUGGAUGAUGCAGGGAGAUCAUAUUCAGAAUUUGGUCCGUGCGGGUGUGGAUCUUUCAAAUUUGCCUUUGUUACAAGGAGGGAAUGAUUGUAGAGUUUGGAUGCCGGAGAUGAAUGGCCACUUUUCAGUCUCUUCAGCAAAGAAUAUCAUUAGAAGGGCGUAUCCAAAAUCAGCAAUUUAUGGUCUUUUGUGGAGGAAAAAAAUUCAUCCCAAAUUGGCUGCUCAGAAUUGGAAGAUAUGUCGUGAGGUUUGUGCAACUCAAGACAAGAUCAGGAGUAGAUUCAAAGUUGAAAUGGCCAACAAAUGUUACUUGUGCAACAUGGAGGAAGAAUCUUUGGAGCAUAUUAUUUGGAGUUGUACGUUUGCUACUCAAAUUUGGCAGUGGUGUUCAGGUUUGUUUAAUCUAACACCUUAUUAUGAUAUUGUGAAUUCAUAUAAAUCAGCAAAGGGUAGAAGUAGAAUUGUCAAAGAUUUAUGGCUUUUAGCUAUUUUGGUGAUUCGCUCGGAAUUAUGGCAAACAAGAAAUAAGGCAUGUUUUCAGAAUUCUUCUGUUAGCAUUCAUUUUUUUAAGAAGAGAGUGUUCUAUUUGAUUAGUGAAUACGCUGGUCGUUUGAAGGGUUUCAUGCAUAAUACUACAACGGACUUGGAUCUUUUGAACUUUUUCCGUGUGAUGCAUAGGAAGGUUAAGCAGGUUCAGCCAAUUGAGUGCUUUUGGAGUCCGCCAAAUAGGGAUGAAAUUUUAUUAUGUUGUGAUGGAACAGCCAAAGGAAAUCCGGGUAUAGCUGGAGCUGGUGUUGUUGUUCUGGGCUAUGAAGUGGAAUGUUAA